AUGGCGACGUCUGUGUCGACGCAGUCCGGAGGGAUUGGUGGUGGUCUAGGGCGCAAGGGCUCUAGUCGGCCAUCGACUGCAUCAGGGCGAUCAGCCGGCCCAACGCUCAACUCGGUCCCUCCUAGCUCCAUUGGCUCCCUGGCUGGCGUGUCCUUGCCCUCAACCUCCUCGUCGAAGCUGACCAACUCGAGUGCGGCUGUAACAGUGGAUGCGCAGGCCGUCAAAAAAUUUCUCGUCAGCCUAAAGAAAGCGAAUAUCCUCUUUGACACGACGAUGCACCAAGACGCCCACGAGAUGCUCAAUUUUCUCCUGAACCGUGUCGGUGAGGAUAUCGUGGAAACAGCAAAGACAACCGAAGUCUCACCCGCCGGAGGGAAGAGAAGAGUACAGGAUGUUGGUGAGAACGGGAGCACCUGCGUCCAUCGACUCUUCGAAGGCAUCCUCACAAAUGAGACUAGAUGUCUGACCUGUGAAUCGGUCACGUCGCGAGACGAGUCUUUUCUCGACUUGUCCAUCGACAUUGAUCGCAAUUCCUCCAUUACGUCAUGCCUGCGCCAAUUCAGUGCCUCAGAGAUGCUGUGCGCCCGCAACAAGUUCUUUUGCGAUACCUGCUCUGGCCUUCAAGAAGCAGAGAAGCGCAUGAAGAUCAAGAAGUUGCCCAAUGUCCUAGCUUUGCACCUCAAACGAUUCAAGUACGAGGAGAGCAUCCAGCGUUACGUCAAGCUUGGAUACCGCGUCGUGUUCCCCUUCGACCUUCGCCUUUUCAAUACUUCGGAUGACGCCGAAAAUGCAGACCGGCUCUAUGAGCUGCAGGCCAUCGUUGUCCACAUUGGAGCGGGCCCACAUCAUGGACACUACAUUGCCAUCAUCAGGGUGGGUCAUCGGUGGUGCGUCUUCGAUGACGAAACGAUUAGUGUCAUCGAUGACGCCGACAUUUCUCGAUACUACGGCGACACGCCGGGAACGGGAAGCGCCUAUGUUCUCUUCUACCAGGCCGUC